AUGACUAUGUUCUCCAGCAGUACCAUAUCACCUGUGAGUAGUCGCAUUCCAGCCCCUACAUGGAAUACGACUGCCCCUCUCAAAAACAUCCCGAUUGAUUCUAACUUAGCAUGGCUUCUUUUUGCUCUCAGUUUAGCAAUGAGUUGGGUUAUCUAUAUUACCUAUUAUAACUCUAGAGUCAUUGGCUUUAUACUCACUAAAAUUUUAAAUCAUUUUAUAAAACAAGGAUAUACAAAAGUUGGGUCAUUAUCAAUUUCUGUUUUGUCUGGAAAAAUUAUGUUUCGUGAUGUUGCAUUUAUAACUGAGGAUUGUACGUGGCGCGCUCAGGAUGGAUGGAUAAUAUUUAGAUGGUGGCUUCCGUACGUGAGGAAAGAAAUAUCUGAAAAUUUAUCACAUUCUGAUACAAGAUUGUCCUUCCUCCUGAAUGGAUUUGAACUUCAUGUCUACAAUCGUUCUAAACUUUAUUCUCGCUUGGAGCAUUUAUUUGGCAAUGAUCCAACCAUCAUUCCUGCAGAUUUUGAACCAUAUUGGCAAGAUUCGGGUGGAGAAGCACAGUCACCUUCUGGAAAUACAGAAAUUGUUCAAGAUUCCAGAUUUGAAUGGAGAGAUUUAAUACCUGUAAUAAAGGCUGAAAUUUCAACGGGUCGUGUGGUGUUUGGAAAUCGUUUAUUACCAACAACAUUAUCUGUGAAUUUUGAAGAAGCACAUAUUAUUUAUACUACGAAGCCUGCUUCAUCAAGGCUUGAUCAGUAUACACACAUUACUAAAUGCAAGGCUGAAAAUUUUAAAGUAAUUUUAGCUCCAAGUCUAAAGUACACUGGUUUAAGCGAUGAGCCACCUCGAUAUAUGGGCGAAGGUUUUGUUGUUUUUCAAUCUAAUUUUGUAGAUCUGUACUACUACCAGGACGAAGCAGGUAUAGUUGCUGCUGAGCCAGAAAUGGUAGAACUGGCUGACGGAGACGUUGUUCAACAAUCAACUGCUCCUUUGUGGGGAUUAGACAUCAAGUGUGGAAAGGGCACAGAUUUUAGCUAUGGUCCCUGGGCUGAUCGCCAAAGAGAACACCUUUAUAAAUUUUUCUUCCCUCAGGAUUACCAGACAUUGAAUGUUACAAAACAAAGCAAUGUUGGAGAAAAAAGGCAAUGUGAAAGCUUUGAUAUUCGUCUCAGCACACUAUCAGAAGCAACAAUAGAUGUUUUAUUUUCUAAAGAAAAAGAGACAAAUGCUGUUCAUAUGAAUAUUGGUCAGGGAUCAUAUUUAGAAGUUACUAUACCAUGGCACAUAUCUGAGGAUGGGUAUCAUACCACAAUAAAUGGCCAACUUUUACACCUUGAAGCUUCUACAAGUUUGCAGUACAGAUCAUUCAUUGAAAGUGAAACUCUAGAGUUUGAUGUGAAAGUGAAAUAUCCAAGGAUAUGGAAUGAUCAUCAAGUUUGGACUAGUAAUUUAACUGGAUGUAAAACUACAGUGCAUCUUAUUUAUGCCCACAAAUAUUUUUUUCAUGCAUUGAUGGAAGACUGGGCUUCCAAAUCCCGCCCUGACAUACUUCAUUUUGUGCCUUACACGUGGAACAUUAACUUGAUUUUAAAAGAGUUUGAAUUAGUAACUGUAGCGAAUGAAUAUAACUGGAUUGACUGUUCUUCACAACAUCAGGAAAAUACAUAUGUUGCUGUAUCUGGAGAUCAAUUUGAGCUUUCUUUUGAUUUACCUUUUAAUGAAUUCCUUCCUACAACAGUGGCUAUAAAGUUUUGGAUUCAGGGAGAAAGUUGUGAUAUGUCUCUUUAUCUUCCUGAAGUUAAUACUAAUAGAGACAUUUUAUUGAUGCUUGAGAAAUGUUCAAAAUUAACAUCUAGAGAAGGAUCUCCAGCACCUCAUGUUGUAAACUGCAAGAAAUGGAGAAAUAUGGCAAAAACAAGUGCUGGAUGGGUCGAUUGCUGGUCCGUGCCAAUUGUUGCAUUUAGUAUUAGUUACAUAUAUCAUCCUGCACCUCCAUGUGGGCAGUCUGUUUUAGAUCUCAACAUUACUACACCAGAAAAGGAGGAAAUCUUGUUAUCACCAAUAAGACCUAAUGGAUCCCAAAGUUGUAAGAAAAAAGCUUAUGGUGCAGCUCCAGAUUUUGAUCCUAUGUCUUUUCCUCCUGAUAUUGUUCACUUAGAACUAGAAAUUGGUCCAUCAGUUAUAAAGUUUUAUGGUUCUUUGCUUCGUGUCCUCAUUCAUCUUAAGGAAAAUUAUUUUGGAGAAUGCCAAAAAUUUUUUGAAUUUGAUGCUCCUAUUUUAACUCCAAAGUCACUGCAUUUGCAUAGUGUCAAGGAUAGUGAUAAUAAAGAAUUUGAUCCCCGAAUUUAUCGUCCUCUUGAAGUUACUGUUUCUGUAACAAUGCAUGAUAUUCAUGGACAUAUAAUGAAAGCUUGCAGUGAUAAUGACCCUCCUUGUCCAAGCUUGUAUUUGGAGAGACUUGCAUUUGAAGUUCACAAGACAUAUGAAGAGACAGUUUUGCAAUUAUUGUUGUCACCUUUAAUUUUAAGUUCAGUUGAUAAUGUAGAAAGACCGGAAUAUGAUUCUCAUUUGAAGGAUGGACACAUGAUUGUAUCUUCUCUUCAGGUUAGAGGUCAUGCAAUGUUUUCUGGUGUUGACAGACCAUAUGACAGUGAAACUUUAGAAUAUGCUUGGCUUGUAGAAGUUCUAGUUGGAGAUGUUACCGGAAGAUUAAGUGUGCCUCAGAUGUACCACAUUGUUACAGGGUUAGAGUUAUUUGCAUUUCAAGUUCAGCAGGCUGACUGUGAAUUUGAACCUCCCCAUGCUUUCAAAAUGUGUCAACAUGAUGUGCCUCAGUCAUUGUGCUCACAUUCAACUGCACUUCUGUCUUGUCCAAGUCCAGAUGAUAUAAAAUAUAGAAUGACCAGGCUGUCUAUUGAUUCUUUGGAUAUUUGUGUUGUUGAAAGCUGUACUGCCCUUGAAAUCCAGAUUUAUCCCUUGCGUUUGGCAACGUGCAAUCUUCAUGGAGGGGACAUAGUGUCUGGUUUAAGCAUACUUCUUCAACAUAUACAGUUCAAACAAUAUGCAAAAAUUAGUUCGAAUCUGGUAUGUUCAUCAGCAUACAGUAUAGUUAAUCAUGGUCAAAAUUUACAACAAAGUUCAACAGAGGUAUGGCUUGAAGUUGGAGGGUUUAGUUUUGGGCCUGUUCAUGUGGAUGCUGCAUCUUCACUUAUGAAUAAAGAUGAAGGUCUUCAGCAAGAGAAAUUUUUGAAAACUCAUGAUGCUAAGAAGAAAAAACUUUGGUUUUUAUGGCCCAGUAGUGUUUUGCCGGAGAGUCAUUUAGUCUGUGGCAAAUGUGGAUGUGUUGGAGGAUGUACUUUUUUUGGAAGUAAUAGAAAUGGAGUUCAUUUUUUUGCUGUAACAAAUCACUUUGAAGAUAUUGGACCAGUGUCAGCUAAGUGCCAUAUUAGUUCUGAAAAUUAUGUAGGUUAUGGUGAGAGUAUAUUGCAUAAAGGACAAUUUGUAUUUGAUAUUCCAGACAACCUCCAAGUACAUGGCUCUCAUUAUAGUCCAUGUCAUUCUGAAAAAUCAUUUAAUGCUACUGAAAAUACCAGUGCUCAUGCUAUCAAUAAAAUUCAUGAAAAUGCUGCAUUUAAAGUGUUAGAUAAUGAUUCUCUUUAUAUACCAAAAGGACAAGGUGCCUUCUCAGAGAGUUGUUUGGAUGAAAAAGUUACGUUUUUAUGUCAAAGCAAAUCACAUUUGGAAACUUGUACAGAAAAUAAGCAUACCUGUGAAACAAAUCUGCCUGUUUUUGUGAGGGAGCCAAGAGCUACUCAUGUUAUAAAAAGGCAAUUUAGUAGUCCAACUCACAUGUCAAUGCCAUCUAGUUCUUCUGUUUUGUCUUCUCUGCAAAUUUCUAUGGCCCAAUCAGCUCCUAUACCAGGAAAACAUGAAAGGAAGUUUCACAUGAAAAAUGAAGAAUGGAAAAAUGCCUUUGAUACUUGCAUUAGUCAUGCUUCGUUAAUCAAAGAAGGAAAUAUUAGUCCUGGAUUGCCGCAAAAUCGAUACAGCUCUCGGGUUUCACUCAACAUGGGCCUAAAUGGCAGAGGUGAAAAUAGUGGCUCUCGAAAUUCCCUGGCUAGCAUUGCUGCUCGAAGCUUUUCUCCCAGAUCAGUUAGAAGAGCCGCAUCCACAGAGUCGACUCAUUCAACUGAGAGUUUUUUCUCUGCUGAUGAAGAUGCCAUGUCAUCUGUGGAAACUACUGAUACUACCUCUGAUGAAACUCAGGUUGAGGAAGAAAAAAGACAUAUUUUGAAAAAUGGCACAAAUUCUGUUGAUAGAAAAGUUUCUACAGCUAGGAGAUCCCUUCAUGACAUAGAAGAAACUCCUUCACAGCAAUCAAGUGACAGUGAAUUGCACAUUACUACCUUACAACGAACACCAUCUUGUAGCAAUCAUCAUGAACCAUCAGAUACUAAUUCUAUUUCAAGCACAUCGUUUUUAUCUGCAAUGUCAUCUCAAGAAGAUAUAGCUUUAGUAGAUCUUCAUAACCAGAUGGAUAAACCAAUCAUUGAGUCUCCAUUAUUAAUGUCUUGUUAUAUGGCACAUUUGACACAAUUGCAAUGUAAAAAUUGGUUUCAACGUCCACCUUUACCACACUUAAUGCAUCCAUUAGAAGCAUAUCAUUCUGGGUCUUUUAAAGAAUUUACUUUUCACAAAGCUCAUUCGGUAUGGAAACCUAAAUUUUUGCCAUUAACAGAAGGUUUUACUUCAAUACACAUGGUAGACAAAAGUAAACUAGCUUGUUAUCAUCAAAAGUUUUGUCACAUGCAGAAAUCUAUUUCAACUCAUUCUGAUGAAGAGUUUCAACCAGGAUCCUUUCAUCAAGAUAUCAAAAAAGAUGAUUGUAUGACUGAUAAUUAUUGCAGUAAAAAUGCUUCCAAAAUAAUUUUAGUUAUCAAAUUAAGUGGUGAUGUCCAUUUUAUGAUAUCUCCUCUACUAAUUGAAAGUUUCAGGAGCUUUAUUGAUACAAUAACUCCAACACUGGCUCAGCUUCAUCCACUAACAAUUGUAAAUCAUUUGCAUGUGAUGUGUUCACAUGAAGUUCAACAGAACAAUCAAUUGAAAAAGGAGAAAGUUUUACAGUUAAGUCAACUGCGUGCUCAAAUUUUAGAAAAGUAUAAGAAGAAAAACUUUAGUAUUUUGGACGGAAAUUCAAGUGAUAGUACUGACAAUCUGGGAAGUAAUUAUGAAGAAACUCGUACAAAACAUACUAGGGCAUUGAUUAAAAUAUCAAAAAUUAAUGUCAGUAUCAUGCAAGCUUCUAUUGUAGAAGAAGUAAUUGCAUUUUCUGCAUUGGAUAACUUAAAAGAUUUGACAUGUGUAUCAUUACUUUCAAUAUGUGUUGAUAACACCACAAUACAGUUAUCUCAUAGUUAUCAAGUAAAGAAAAAUGUUCAGACUUUUACUGAUUUUUGCAAUGGCAGUGUUGCUCAUUCGAAGGUAAAUGGACGUUCUAGCAAAAAGAUAAAAACUGAUUCUUUACCAACAGAGCUUCUGACUGUUGAGACAAGCGAAACGCAACAAGAAGAAACAAUGUUGUCGGCAUCAGUUUCAUGCAUUCACUGCCAACUUCGCAGACUGAAAAAUAACAGUAGCAUUUUGAAAGAAGCAAUGCUAACAGUUAUACCGUACCAUAGAAGUAAGGUUGAAUUCACUUUUGAAAAUCACCGGUUUCUAGGACGAUCAGUUGGGAAACAAAAUGAGAAACAAGACUUAUUUAUGGAUUCAGAAUGGAAUCAGUAUUUAGAUGAAGAAAAAAUGGGAUUUAUUAUGUUUGAAUGCGGUUUAGAAGAUAUUGGAUUAAAAUUCCUGAAACGCUGGGGAUAUUCAUUAAAAACUAAUGAAUUCAAAAAGAGCUUAAAUUUGGAAACAGGAAACAAUUUGCCUAUGAAUAAAACGGAAAAUGGGAAAAACAUGUCAAAAAAAAGUUUUAUUUUGAGGGAUGUAACAUCUUCUAAGCAUGGUUUUAAAAGCCAUAAUCGUAAAGAUGCUUCAGAUGCAAAAGCAUCUUUCCCAUCCUGUGUGUCUGAAUGUGGUAGCUGUAGUAGCACUGAUAAAAGCAAAUCACAUGCUGAGUUGCAGAAUUUAAAAGGAGAUGCUGCUUCAUUUAUAAUUGAAUUGAAGACAGUGUGGUUUAACUUUGCAGCCCCACCUAGAACCCCUAAUACACGAAAAAUUGACUUUACAAGACUUGAUUGGCACCUUUUAAGUACUGCAACACCAUCUAUAAAUGCAUGGUUAAAGCCUAGUGACCGUCUCAUGGUAUCAAUUCGCAAAAUGGCCAAAGAAUCUCGGCACAGACUAGCUGCUGCAAUGGCAUGUUUAAUGGCUGAAGCAUUAGAAGUUCAAAGCAUACAUAUGCCCAUAAAGAGCAAAUACUUUUCUACAAAACUGUCACCUUUGGCCAAAACUCUUCAAGAAGAUCCAUCUUGUCAACUUCUCAUGGUGUUAAGAAGAUACCUGAAGCAAGUGGAGGUUGAAACUGCCGAAGAAAAUCUACAAAUUGAAUAUGUUCCUCAAACAGCAACUUUAUAUCGUGGACUUAUUGCCUUGAGCAGACAGUGGAAAAAUGUUUUGUACAUGCCCUUCCUUGUUGAACAAAACAUUAGGUUUCGCAAAAAUAUGAGACCUUUAAAUUUAUCCAUGUCUGCACCAAAAAUAGAUGCCAUGCUUUCUUGUCCUAUUGAAAAUGAUAAAUUAUCUGUUGAUGAAUGUGAAGUUACUGAUGAAACUACUAAUUUAUUGAUAGCAGAAGGAGGCUCUUUAACAGUUGGUCAAGGAAUGAAGUUAUUUACCUCUGCAAAUUCUCCUCCACUGAAAUCUUAUUCCAGCCCAGAAUCAGGUUCACAUUCAAGUAGCAGUCAACAAGAAAUUACUGAAGAGGCUGUAAGUAGUGGUUCAGGAGCAUAUAAAAGCAAGAAAAAACUUCCAAGUUAUCCUCCUCGAACCUCAAGAGCUAGUGUAGCUUUUCCCCUUUUAGGGGGACCUCUUGAUUCUCCUGGACGUUAUGCUGGAGGCAUGAACGGCAAAAGCAAUGGUUUUGUUUUACAACAAUAUGGUGUGAAUACUGUUUCAAAAUUCAAAAGGAACGACAGUAGGGAAAGUUUGAAAUCUACUACUUGGAGUUUAUCUAGUAUAGAACCAAACCUGCAUUCAUCUACUUUUGGAACACCACAGAAAGAUUUUCUUAAUGGUGAUACAGAUCAAAUAGGAGAAGAUUUGUACAACUGGAUGGCAAGACAACAGGAUUAUAUUCGGAAAACAAAUAAUCAGAGAAGAAUUGAACAUACUCAGAUUGAUUCGAAAAAGAGUGCUUUUGCUAUUGAUAAUAUUUAUGAGUCUGAAAUACCAAAAUCAAUGACAGGUGUUGUUAACUUUGCUCCUUUGAGCAUUCAACUUGCAGAUGCUCAUGUAAUAUUCCAACCUCUUCUAAAUAGCAUAGGUGUACCUAACCAGUCCACUUCUGCUUCAUUUAGUAUAUUAUUUGGUCCUAAAAUAAGCGUUUCAUGUACUGUAGAGUUGUUGAAAAUUGAUAUUGUUGAAUCUGAAUACCAAAGCAAUGUGCGUCAAAAGAAAAAAACUAGCCGAAAACAAGCCAGUACUCAUGGAAAAUUCUUUAUUGAUACAAGCAUGGAUACUCCUACAUUUAUAUGUGAUAAAUUUUCUUUAGAAAUGGAACUUAGAGAAACAUACCAUGAAAAGCAUGAUAGCUUAAGCAAUGAUACUCUUCUUACUACUCCUCUUUUUCUUAUGUCCAAUAGCUCAAAGUAUUCAACUGUUAUAAAUUUCACAAUUGAUAUAAAUUUUGUAGCUCAACAAGUUAAUAUGCCAUUACUUCGCCUUUUGCAUCAGUUUUCAACUAUGUACGAAAAUAUUAAAGAAACUAGGCUAGAACUGAAAGCAAAUAGACCAAACUCAUUUAAAGAGAGCAUGAAAAAUGAGAAAAAAGGUUUUUCACCAUCUGAAAGUCAAACAGGAAGUUACCAUCUCAAUUCUUCCAGACCACAAGAAACAAAAUUCAAUUCUCCAACUCCAACACCGACGAAAUCCUCUUCAGUUGGGGUUGCCAGUCUAGCUGCUGGAAUUCGUCGACCUCAUACACUCUCUCAACGAUUAAGAGCCAGUACUAAAGGUUAUACAAAUCUGCAAGAUCUUACUUCCAAGGAGGAACGGUCAUGUAGUCCCCUUAGUUUCACUUUAAGUGAAUCUGUCGCUAUUGAUAUUCCUGAUAAUGGCUCUGUUCCAGCUUCAGAACAUACACUGUUGGAGGGAAAAGAGUUGCAACCUCGUUGCUGGAGAACAAUGUUCUAUUUGUUGGAUCUUUAUGAUACUAUGCCAGAGCCAAAAACAGUCAAUGAAAGAUGCUCUACUGUACAUGUAUCUCGAGACAAAAAAACUGAUGUAUCAGAAGAAUAUAAGGGAAAUGGGAAAUAUGAACCUUUAAAAGAGUUGCAUACUGACAUUGAUGCAACCGAUAAUGUUACAAGUAAUGAGAAUGCAGCCAAAUCUGAAAAACCUAGCACACCUCAAUUACCAAAUGACCAUUUGAAAGGAUUGACUAAAGCUUUAAUUGUAAGGGAUUGGACCCCUUUGAUUGUGUUUGGAGUUGCUACAGUCCAUAAAACUCGGUUGUUGGCGAUGUUGAGUGGUUUAAAAUUAGAAGGAGAAUUGAAUGGUUUUCAUUCAAGUUUAACACACAAGGAAAAAGUUCGUGGGGCAACACGCAAGUGGACUGAAUCUUCUCUAGCAAGUCAACUAGGACAAGCAAUGGUAGUUGUUUUGGAAGGUGUUCCACCAAAUCAGCAGACUGUUGUUAAAAUGGUGGUGGGCAAGUCUCAGGCUCUUUAUUCGAGUCAGAAUAAAAAAGGAAAGGACCGAAAUUCUGCAUUGCUUACUAUAGGCCCCAUAAAUAUAGACAUACCACAACAUCCAGUUGUUCUCCAUGGUAUGAUGACAAGAAGUAGUCGCCAGUUAUCAACUACUCUGCAAGAACUGAGAGCUACACGUCAACCACUGAGACCCUGCCGGCAAAUUGAUGAGUAUAAUACUAUGCAAGUGUGUUCACCCCAGCCCCCUUGGGAUACACCUAUGCAAAAUCGCCUCUCAGUUGCUGGACAUGAUCUGAUAAAACCUAUCAUAAUUCAAUUCAGUAUCAUAUUGGAUAGUUUGACAAUUGGAGCUGCAGUGUUACCAUCUUUGAGAGCUCAAUACCAGAUGGAUCACGUGACUAGUAUUGGAGUAACUGGAAGCAAAGCGAAAUUUACUGUUGAUUUACCGCAGCACACUCUCAGUUUUAACACCAAGGUACAACCAUCAGAAGGGAACUUGCCCUCAUCAGCAAAUGUGGAUCUUCCUUUAGUACAUAUUUCUGCCGAAUAUAUUCAAGAUUCUACAACAACAAACACUGUAACAAAUAAAUUGGAGUCAUUUACUGAUGGUGUUGUUUUGUGCCAAGGAAGUUAUCUGAGUGCUUUAGCUGAAAUUGGUUCUUUCGAACACAGUCUAACCACAGAUUUGUUGAAUCAUUUAGUACUUGUGCAAAAAGUUUUUAUGAAGGAAGUAAAUGAAGUUGUGCAAAAAAUGUCUGGUACAGACAAACCUGUCCCUAUUUGGGGUGAACUAGAUAAAUCAUCUCGUAUUAGACCCAGAAGAUUGCUUUUUUCACUUCUUUUAAGAUUGAAGGGUAUUCAAAUUACUGCUACCACUCCAACUAGUAGUGCUGUGCGCUUGGAAACUGGUGUCGUAGAACUACAACUGUCAAACAGAGUUCAAAACAUGUCUUCAAGUUGCCCUUAUGCAGGUAAUUACUUGAAACUCUUUGGAAAAGCUCAAGUUGAUGUCAAUCUUGCUCUUGGUCAGCUAAUUAAGAAUGCUUUAUUUGAAGAAGCUGAGCCUGAGUUUCAGCAGUUUGCUUAUUUCAAAACCAGAAUUUGUAUGAGAAAUGCCUUGCAGGAUGAAAUGAUUUCAAGUCAUUCUGAAGAUAAAGAAGCUGUUUUAAUAACAUUAAAUAGACCACUAAUGUAUAUUCAACCUAUAGCUUUGGAUAAAGCUGUCUUAGUAUGGCUAAAUUACAAAAAUGCAUAUGAAUACUGGAACGAACAAAGAGCAGGCUUGAACAAAGAGGUAUUGACUGCAACUCAGCAAGUAUUUGAAAGAGUUCCUCAGAUAUCUCAACUUAGUUCACAGGCAUUGGGAACUCUCUUUCUCCAAUUAACUGUCGAUGAUAUGGGUAUUUGUUUGCCAUUAAAUCCUCAUGCUGGAAAUGUUAGUAACAAAAUGUAUGAUACAGAAUUGAAAGCUGCUGUUGUUGUUACAUUAGAAAGUACAAGAAUAUCUGCCUGUUCAUGUGGAUCAUUAGUCAGCAAGGCUAAAUUUACAGGAUUAUGUAUACGCUUCGCUGAUGAUUUUGAAACAUCACUGGAUGACUGGAAACCAGACCCAACAGACACAAACAUAAUGAAUUUAUGUGUUGUAUCUGAAGGAACGUAUGAAAUAUGCUCAAGGACUGUAGCACCUCAGGGACUAAAUAAUGCAAAGUGGAUUCUGAAUGUUCAGUGGCAAAUGGAAGGUGUUGACAUACACUUGGAUACAAAUAUUGGAAAGCAGUUAUCUGCACUAUUCAAAACACUUACAGCUUUAACUGGUGUAGAAGAUGAAAAUGAUGGGACAGAUUAUCCUGAUGUUGCAGCUGAAGAAGUUACUAGACAUGGAACUUCUGUGCAAAACUUGACUACUUCAAACCAACUACCAGGAACAUGGAAGGCUGGCUGGCCUAGCAUCCAACAUCAGCAAACAGACAUUGCUGUCAAUCCAUCUCAAGCCAGAUUAACUGAUAACCGUGGAGUUUGUUUAUAUUCACUCCGUGUUUGCCUGAGUGGUGAAAGAAUUUGGGAUGUUGCAUUUAUAUGUGUAGCGUCAAAGUAUGGAGAAUCCCCUCACAUAAAAAUAAACACAGCAAUUUUAAAAAUAGUUGCUCAAUCCGAGCCAACAAUGUCCAGGAAAGGAAGUACCUUCAUUGAGUCUUUACCUCCACUAUUUCUUGAUCCAAGUUUAGAUGCUAAAAAACGUUCUAGACUCAUUGAAAAGGAAAUGAAUGAACAAGCAAAAAUUAUUAAUGAUUUACGUCUUCUCGGGGCUAGUCAAAGUACUAUUGAGCAAGAAGUGCGUCGUUUACAUGAAUUGGAAACUGCUGUCUUUAAUGAUUUUCGUCGAGAUGUGAUAAAAAAGUUAAGGCGACAGAGUGUUAAAGCAACUUCUUUUAAGGAUAAACUAGGUCUUGGUACUCGCUCCACUGCCGGAACUUUACAGUCAAUGUCUCUAUUUUUUCCUGACACAGAAGAAAGCAAUGAACCUGACAUCAAUAAUACAGUACAAACUCCCAGCAGUAAAGAAAGCUCACCAAGUCAUGCUCAUACAAGAACAGGCUCUUUGGAUAUGUCAGAUUUACCUAAUAUGGCUCUUUCUGAAAAAUCUGUUCACAGGGAAUUAUCGCUUGAUAGCGUUUUUACCUCGAGUGCAGCAGUUGAUAUGGACUGUAGUGAAACUCCUACAUCAUCACAUACGCUGGAUAAUGCUUUCAAGACAGAGAGCUAUUCUUGCACAGCAGAAAGUGAAAUUUAUACAGAAUCACCAGUGAAUAAAGCUACAUAUAUUACUGAUAAUAUAAAGUUGGAACCUAAAAAUGUGAAAAAAUAUGAUGAGGAAUCACAGAAAGCUGGCCACACCACUCCUGGUGGGGCUAGUAGUGGAGUAAGUUCAUUCAAACAGCCUCCUGCUGAGCCAAAUAUUGAUUUUGAACUAGAUGUGAAAGUGUUUUUUAACAGUGGCAAAUGUGUACUGCAUACUAAAGAUUUUUAUAAAGAAGAAGAAUUCUUAAAAAGGUCAAUGAGAAAAGAAAGAAGUUUUUCUGGAGGAGGUUUUGAUUUAUCUUCACCUAGCCAUGCAAAAAAGCGCCAUGGAAGUGGAAUGAGAAAUAAUAUGUCUUCAUCUCGUCUACGUUACAUUCAGUCUGCUGCUACUAACCAAGUUGCAGAUUUUACUAUAUUUUUAAUACCUGGAUUGGAUGUCAAAGUCCACUAUAAUUCAAAAACCAUGUGUGGCGACAGUCCGAUUACAAGUAUAAAUGGUGCUGUAAAAUACUGUUCCGAUUUAGAUCAAGCAACAUUUGAAUCAUUUUCAUAUCGUACAUCCUUUUUGGGCAUUGAUCCAUCUCAAAUGGGCAGUAGCAGUUUGAAAAAAGUUGGUUUGAAGAAGGCUUGUUUGUUUGCAUGGGUGACAUUACAAAGCAUUCCUGAAGAAGCUGUUGUAAGUCCUCAUAUUCUAGACUUUCUGGAGCAAGCUUUAGAACCUAUACCAAUUCAGCUAACCAAGACACCUCCAGUUUUUUUUUCUUUUGUAGAUUCUAAUAAAAAUGAAGAUGACAGUGCAUCUCUUGUUACGCCUAGUCAAUAUGCAUAUGCAUCAUUUCCUGUUGAUGUUAUAGUUUAUUUUCGCAUGCAGCCUUCAAUUUUAAGAUUCAGUUGUUUGCCUAUAUCCCGUGUGGAAUGCAUUUUAAGAUUACCAUCAGUAGAUUUAGUUUUUUCUUCAAAAAGAGCUGAAGACGAUCUUGGAAGUCUUCCGAUAUUUGAAUCAACAUCUGUUUCUCAAACUGCCGUUGGUGGUUUAAGUAUGACUGGAUGCUUAGCUGAUUUCUCUCUAUAUAUAUUUCAUCCAUAUGGUGGAGCCAAAAAAGCAGGGAGUUCUAAAGAAGGGGAAGCUUCACCGUUGUCUACUAGUGAAAGAAAAGAUUCCUUAAGUCUUCAAGUUGAAUUUGUAAAAGUGAACAUUUCAAGAAGCAGAAAAAUUAAUUUAGCUUGCAUUGAUUUUGGAAGUAAUACACAGAAAUCAGGGAGGACCUUUGAUUUAGGUGGCGCUUUAAUAAGAUUUUCAGCUAUAUGUGAUAUUGGAUCUGCAUCUUUUAAAUAUGAUAUGAGAAGAUUAACUGAAAUAUUAGCUUUUCCUAAAGCAUGGUAUCGUCGCAGCAUUGCUCGAAGAAUGUUUUUAGGGGAUCAAAGUACAAGUGCAUUGUAUAGUGAUCAAGUUCUUGUUUCUCAUGAGUCAAAUUGUUUUGUAGAGGAUUCAAUUGAAACAAGUAGCAGCAGUGGGACAAUGUCACCAAGUACAAAUAAAUCAGAUUAUAUUGCAUUUUCUUCUGUGAAUGUGCAUUCGUCUGCAAGUGGACCAAUCACAUCUACCAUACCUGCAGAAAACCUUCCUUCAUCUUCUGUACCAUCCAAAAGCAGCAGUGUUCCUCUGAAACCUAAAAGCAAUGCAAAUGUAAAUGUCAAAGAUUCUGCCAAAUUGCUUCAUCCACUUAUUUAUGGACAGAGAGAUAAGCUACGGCUCAAUCUUGACCAUUCACUUCAUGAAUAUAGAAAAUACAUUGAUUUCCAUGGUUUAAAUAAAAGUAAUGCAUUUAACUGCAGUGAACGAAAGGAAAGCUUGUCUUCAGAGCACUCAUCUCCUCUGCAUUCUAAUAGGCAUAGUAGCUCUUGGGAAACACUAGUCUUGUUUGCAGUCAAUCUUUCUCGCCUAAAUGUUCAUAUGAACAUGGGAAAUGUUAUGGGAAAUACUACCUGGCUGACUAGAGACUUUAAAUCCCAAGGACGAUUAUCCAUUGGUAGCAGUGGGCAUAAAAACCUCUUCCUUUCUGUCGGACUGGAUGGAUCUUCACUUGAUAGUAAAGGUGGUAUUGUUGGGGGAACUAUUGAACUCAGUCGCAUUGACACAUGUAUGCAUUUGAAAGAGGAAUGGGGUCAAGAACCAGACCACACAGUUGCCUUGAAGUUGGGAGCCUUGGAAUCGCGUUUAGAUUACAUGGGAACAAGUGUCUUGAUGGGAAGGGUUAGUGCUUUGGAUAUUACUUUAAAAGAUGAAUGGAGAGUUAGUACUUUGAUUGCCCAUGACCAUAUUUCCAGUCAUCCAACCAAGAGGCCAGCUUUGAUAUUUAUUAAUGGUGAACUUUCUUGGGAUCAACUACAGCUUCUCAUUUCAAAGUCAACUACACCUGACCUAAUUAAGAUGUACUCAAAACUAGAAGAAUUUUUCUCUCAACAAUUUCACAGUAGUAAACGUGUGUUUUCAUCCCUUCAGCCUCGACUCCAAAGACACUCAAUGAAAAACAGAUCAAGAAAAUCUAAAACCUCAGAAUCUCAUUCAAAAACAGAGGCUAAGCACCAUCGGCACUGGCAAAAGGUGUUAUCAAUGGUAUCAGGAUUGCAGUUGAAUACAAUGAUGACGGCACUUCCAGACUUAGGAACUAUUCUGGGUGGAACAAUGGAUCUUCAUGGUUAUAAUAUUUCUUUGGCAUGUUUCCAUGGUAUAAAUUUUCGAUCCAAAGCAUGGGCUAUAUUUAGUAUGAGGAAGCCAACCAUAUCCUUUGCUACAGAAGCUCAAGAUGUUGUUAAAGAUGAUGGUGAGUUGCCAAACAAUCUAACAUGAGCAGUAUUUUACUCUACUCAUAUUGUGCAGAAUUUGUCCUAUGCACUCGGACACAGUUCUUCUGAAACUGCCCAACAUGCUAGUAUGGCUACUGUAUGUCGUAUUUCUAGAAAUGUUCUGUUUCCACCGCAAUUCAGAAGUAUGCAUGAGUGGUUUCACUAUGCUUUUGCAACAAGUGAACUAGAUGAUGUAGGAAGAUUUCCUAUAUUAGAUCAUGAUCGUGAUGGUUUAAAUGACAGACGUGUAUCAAUGCCUGCCAAAAGUCCUGAAUUCAACCACAAUAUGGAAGUUAUUUUUGCUCUCCCAAGCAUGCAACUCCAUUUGAAAACCGAACACUUACAGCCUGAAAAACCUGUAUCUACUGGAGGCCCUAAACCUAAAGUAGACUGCAGCUUUGUGACAGAAUUUGAUGAUCAUAUUUUUGUAGCUGUUGAUGCCGAAGCUUUUUUCUUCCUGCAUGAUCUCAUUACUUCAUACAUAAAGGAAAAAGAAACUGUUGCCUUUGCUAAGUCGCAUUCUCCAGAUAAUGAUCGUAAACUUAAAAUGGCUGACCCAACUGAAGCAUUGCAGAAAGACUGGCGGAGCUAUCAAUGUCAUACAUGGCAUUUAGAGCCUACAGUCAGGUUGUUAUCAUGGGCUGGUAAAGGAAUUGAGCCUUAUGGUGUGGAUUAUAUUCUUCAGAAACUUGGAUUUGCUCAUGCUAGGGUAACCAUUCCAAAGUGGAUGCAAAGAGGUUGUAUGGAUCCGUUGGAUAAGAUUCUUGCUGUUGUAAUGGAAAAAAUGAUUGCUGCUGUAAAAGAUGAUAGAGAUGAUUCUGGCAUUGCAUCCAAAAACCUGCGUGGAACAUCUAGUUGAAAGCAUCAUAUAUGUAAAUAUAUUGAUUCCUUCAAUGUUAUAGAUGCAGAUGUUGUGAUUUAUAUACAUGUGAUAUUUGUUUUUAUAAGAUCAUUUUUCUUGUAAAUUUAUCAUGCUCUUUUAAUUGUUUUUAUUGUGUACAUAUUCAUGUAAUAAAACAGAAUUCUAAGAACAGUUUUGUGAAAGAGGCAUUUUUAGCUCAUAGUUCGAGUUUUGUGAAGUAUAUGUCUUUGGUUUUCUUAUUUAUUUACUUUGUGUAUUCCACAAAAUCUCUAUUAAACAACAAAUGUGUUUUGUAUGCAGCUGGCAGAAACUCAAAACCAAAUGUAACUCAUCUCAAAUACUUUGUGUGUAUGUGUUUUUUUUUUUCUUUCUAAGAUGCUGUAAUUAAAAUUCUAAAAGUAUGUUUAGUUGAUUUUUUGUGGAAUGACAUGAAAUAAAAAUGAUAUUUAUUUGUCAUGUUAAGUUUUUAAAUAUAUAUUUCGCGUACAUUAGUAUGAUAUUCUGCCUUAAUAUUUUAAAUAAUUUUCCUUUACAAAAUAUGCCAUUGCAAUGUUUAUUU